AUGCAGCAAGAUCAGCUCAAGAAGGAUAUGAAGGAGGUAGAGUUUUUCACUGAGUAUGGCGAUGCCAACAGAUACAAGAUUCUUGAAGUUGUUGGGAAGGGUAGCUAUGGAGUUGUUUGUUCAGCAAUCGAUACACACACUGGGGGAAAGGUUGCAAUUAAGAAGAUUCAUGAUAUUUUUGAACAUAUCUCUGAUGCCAUUAGAAUCCUCAGGGAAGUCAAGUUGCUAAGACUUUUAAGACACCCUGAUAUUGUUGAGAUUAAGCGGAUCAUGUUGCCGCCUUCAAAGAGGGAGUUUAAAGAUAUUUAUGUAGUCUUUGAGCUUAUGGAGUCUGAUCUCCAUCAGGUCAUCAAAGCUAAUGACGACUUGACCCGCGAACACCAUCAGUUUUUUCUUUAUCAGAUGCUACGUGCAAUGAAGUAUAUGCAUACAGCUAAUGUAUAUCACAGAGACCUUAAGCCCAAGAAUAUACUGGCAAAUGCAAACUGCAAACUCAAAGUUUGUGAUUUUGGAUUGGCUAGAGUUGCAUUCAGUGAUGCCCCAACAACAACUUUUUGGACGGAUUAUGUUGCUACAAGAUGGUACAGAGCCCCAGAACUAUGUGGCUCCUUCUUUUCAAAGUAUACACCAGCAAUUGAUAUAUGGAGCAUUGGAUGCAUUUUUGCAGAGGUGUUGACAGGAAAGCCACUGUUUCCUGGUAAAAGUGUCGUGCAUCAAUUAGAUUUGAUUACUGAUCUUCUUGGGACACCACCACCUGAAACUAUUGCAGGAGUUCGAAAUGACAAGGCAAGGAAGUACUUGAUGGAAAUGCGGAAGAAAUCUCCUGUGCCAUUUGAACAGAAAUUUCCGAAUGCGGAUCCAUUGGCACUUCGCCUAUUGCAAAGACUUUUAGCAUUUGAUCCAAAGGAUCGACCAACUGCUCAAGAGGCACUAGCUGAUCCCUUCUUUAAGGGUUUGGCCAAAGUUGAGAGAGAACCUUCUUGUCAGCCAAUUUCAAGAUUAGAAUUUGAGUUUGAGAGGAGACGAGUGACAAAAGAUGAUGUUAGGGAGCUAAUAUAUCGGGAAAUAUUGGAAUACCAUCCCCAGUUGCUUAAAGAUUACAUGAAUGGAACUGAAGGCACUCACUUCCUUUACCCUAGUGCAAUAGAUCAAUUCAGAAAGCACUUUGCUUAUCUUGAGGAAAAUCAUGGUAAAAGUGGCCCAGUGAUACCUCCAGAAAGGAAGCAUGUCUCCCUUCCAAGGUCCACUGUUCACUCUAGUACAAUUCCUCCUAGUACACAACCAUCUUUUACUUCAUACGAGAACAAGCAUAUGGCAGAAGAGGCAUCAAAGGUUACGAGAUCAGUAGAAUCAAAUUCCGGAAGUCAAUUAAGGAGUUCGCGACCUCCGCCAAGAGUGCCAGCAGCCAAACCAGGUCGAAUCGUAGGGCCAGUUUUGCACUAUGACAAUGGGAGAACCUUAAAAGACACUUAUGACCAAAGGAUCUUCUACCGAAACACGCUUCCUCAAGCCGUCUCUCCACACUGUUUCCAUAGGGUGCAGCAACCUACUAUCACAAAAACUACUUCAGAAACAUACAAGAAUAUCCCCCAAGGCAAACAUCAACUCCCAUCCCAACAGUGUAGCAUGCCAGCUAGACCAACUAUUGAUCUAAAUACCAACCCAUACUACCAACAGGGAAAGAGUGAUCACUUAAAUGAUCCUGUUGCUUCCAUUGAUGCAAAACUACUGCAGGCACAAUCUCAAUUUGGUGGAGUUGGUGCUGCAGCAGUAGCUGUUGCUGCUCACAGGCAUUCAGGGAGCUUUCAGUAUGGAUUGUCAUAGGUUGUUAGGUUUAAAAGAGAUGCAUACAAUAACUAGUAUGCUUUAUCUAAUGCCUGGGGUUGGGAGGAAGGAAGGAACUUGAUCAAAUUUUAGACGGGUUUAGGUCUGGUAAGAUUUUCCACUUUUGCUUUCAGAUUGCCAUCCUUGUAAUUACAUGUACAUCAUUUAAUUGAUUAAUAAAAAAAUUGAUUGUUUCUCUCU